GCCAUCGUCUACACCUACAGCAUGAUGGCAAACGUGGCCUUCAUGCGGGGACAGCUGGACAAUGCAGAAAAGCUCUACAAAGCAAGUAUGAGCUAUUUGCUUGCAGGGGACACAAAGGAGGAUGACAAUGCAAUCCUUGAGAUGUCCCUCAAGCUGGCCAGUAUCUAUGCAGCUCAGAAACAGCACAAAUUAGCCCUGGCUGGCUACGAGUUCUGCAUCCUGACCUUAGAGGAGAAGAUUGCCAAGCAAAAGGACUUGCCUGAGGAUGUCUUACCAGCUGAAGAAAAGGCCAACACCCGUCUCUUGCUUGGGAUGAGCCUAGACUCCUAUGCUCGCUAUCUCCUAAACAUUAACCAGCUCCCAGUGGCCCAAAAAAUGUAUGAGAAGGCUCUGCAGAUAUCAAAUGAUGUUCAGGGAGAGACUCAUCCACAGACUGUGGUCCUGAUGAAUGACUUAGCAACUGUACUGGAUGCUCAGGGGCACUACGAUGAGGCAUACUCCUAUGUGAAGAGGGCAGCUGAGCUGGCAAAGGAGACUCAACACCCUGAGGAGCACAUGGUGCUGAAUAACCUGGCAGCAAUUCUGAUGCACAAAGAAGACUUUCUGCAAGCAAAACAAGUGUACAAAGAAGCUCUCAAGCAGGCACAACAGAAGGGAGAUGUUGCUUCUGUCCAGCAUAUCCAGGAAGAACUAGCUGAGCUGGCCAAGAGGAGAAAGGGCUCUAAAUGAGUUUGGCCAAGGAGCCCAACCUUGAGGUGGCUGACAGCAGCAAGGGUUGGUCAAUACAAGCAGCCUGGGACCAGUUUGGUGCAAUUCUCCAGGGGAAGAACAAUGAGGAGUUUAAGGACUGCUUAACAAGAAGGGCUGCUAUUGCCUAACAACUUAGCCCAAAAUAAAGUUGUGAAAUCUUAA